AUGGAGGGCGCCCAAAGCCAAGGAGGGAAAGGGAGGGAGAGAAGAGGGGAGGGAGCAGGUCCAGCCAGCGCUCAGCAGUGCCUGUGCCAAGAGCCAGCUUUCUUAAAGCCAUGGGCUGGGGGGCCGGCCCUGCAGGCAGAGGGGAGCCCUGGAUCAGGGGCUGGGAAGCACCGAGGGGAGCCCUCAGCCUCCUGGGUCACCAUGGACACAAUUUACCUGCGCACACCCCUGGCCCUCCUACUUCUCCCUCUUGUGCUUGGGGCACCCACUGAUGAACCCAAUCUCACAGAACCAGCCUCUGGUGCUUGCAAGCGCUGUUGUGACCCACUGGACUCUUCCACAGAUGCCCCACGGCUCCCCCCUAGCCACCAUCACUUGCCUUACCCAAUGCCGGAGGUCCGUCCCUAUAUCAACAUCACCAUACUGAAGGGACAAAAAGGAGAUCGGGGAGAGCCUGGGAUGCCAGGGAAAUGGGGCAAAGAAGGACCACGAGGUGAGAGGGGAGCCCAGGGACAGAAAGGCAGUAAAGGACAGAUGGGCAUAGCAGGAGACCCCUGCAAGCAUCAGUAUGCUGCAUUCUCCGUCGGUCGCAAGAAAGCACUGCACAGCAGUGAAGGCUACCAGGUCUUGAUCUUCGACACUGUCUUCGUCAACCUCUACAGCCACUUUGACAUGUUCAAUGGCAAAUUCUACUGCUAUGUAGGUGGACUUUACUAUUUCAGCCUCAACGUCCACACCUGGAACUUCAAGGAGACCUACAUGCACAUCAUGCACAAUGAAGAAGAGGCAGUCAUCUUGUAUGCCCAACCCAGCGACCGCAGCAUCAUGCAGAGCCAGAGCCUCAUGCUAGAGCUUCAGGAAAAUGAUGAGAUCUGGGUGAGGCUUUACAAGCGGGAACGGGAGAAUGCCAUUUACAGUGACGAUGUUGAUGUGUACAUCACCUUCAACGGGUACCUCGUCAAGCCCAGCACUGAGUAACUGCCUCUCCUCCUCCUUGGGGCCUCUUUGGCCUUUUCCUUCUUCCUCUCUCUCUCUCUCUCUCUCUCAUUACUGCCCGCAACCACUGCAAAUCACUUAGAAAUGGGCCUGUCAAGUCUCAGGCACUGAGUGUGAAACUUGCCACACUGGCUCCCACCUCACGGUCUCUUGUAGUCAGGCCUGUAUCUGUCCACUUACAGUGUGACACUACCAUCUCUUGCCCCUUCCCUCAUGACCCCAACUUCAGUUAUUGGCUUCUUCUAAAUCUGCCAGUGAGCUGUGUCUGGCAUUCUGGGUCCUAGAGCAGGAGGAAAGCUAAAGUGCUGCUCUUGCAGAUGCAUCCCUCCUUGGAGCUUUAUACACAAAGGGCUGCUGUACAAAGGGCUAUAAAGUCCCCACUGCUGGGUGCAUCCUGUCUCAUCUCCAUCCCAACUAGACACGCCAGUUUUGCAGCCUGCAACACAGCUUUAAUGUCACCUUUCACAUCUAUAGACAGGAGCGUGGACUGGGUUCUAAUGACCUCCUGGCGCACAAGAAAGAUGUGGGACUGGAGGGAGAUUAUACUGUCUUUCUAAAAAGGGGACUGAUGGCCUUCUGAAGUAUGGCAUUGGCUUUCCUUAGACACUGCUGGGUCACAGUGUCCAGGCUGGCUGUAAAAUCUAGGCCUGGUGGGAUUGCACUCCUCUGUGCCAGCUCUGGCUCUUUGGAGAGAUGAAGGGUCAGAUCCUUAGCCAGACACUUCAGAAGAAUCUGCCAUUGAAUCAGUACAGUCCACCACUCAAUUUCCACUAGGGAUCGUAAGUACAGAACAAAAGAGAAAGACAAUCCUCCAUACUUCCCUCCUAAACCUCCCUUGGGGUGCUAUUAAGUCUCAGUUCCCCAGUUGUGGUAAGCUAGUCCAGACAGUGAAUGUGAAUCUGCUUGUCUUUGGCAGAUGUGCCCCCAUGGCCUUCUACUGGUAUCACCAGUCACCUCGAGGUUUGCUGGUGCCUCCUGCAUGCUAUUACAGUGUCCUCCUGAAGGUGGUUCUCCCACACUGGUAUUGAGGGACCGCUGUUUCAGAACUUGAGCUGGAGGCUGUAGGGGCAAUCACUGUUAAAUCAGUUUCACAUCUGGUCGGUUGGCACUUCUUUGCCUCUGUGAUGGAAAAGAG